AUGGAAUAUUUUCAUUACUAUCGUAGUUGGAUGUACGAUAGAACGUAUCCAGGAAGACGUGGACUUAAACCGAACUUUGAGGAAGGAGUUAAAGGGUUUAUCACAUGGGCUUUCGCUCAAGAAUGUUGUCUAAGCGAAGGAGGAGUAAGAUGUCCUUGUCUAAAAUGUGAAUGUAGACCUAUAAUUAGUGACCCGGAGGAAGUAGAACGUCAUUUGAAGAGAAGGGGUUUCAUUAAAAAUUACUGGGUUUGGACAUAUAAUGGAGAACAGUUGCCGAGUAAUGUACAAAGGACUACGACUACACAUGCUUCUAGCAGUCGAUCACAUAUGGAACAUCGGGAAGAAUUUAGUUUGAUCAGUGACAUGGUUGGCGAUGCUUUUGGGGUUAACGUGACCUAUGAUGAACCUCAAGACUUCGAUCAGGAAGAGUUGCCGAAUGAGGAAGCUCAAAAAUUUUAUCAAUUGUUGCAAGAAAUGAAUACGCCGUUGUUUGAAGGGUCGUCAGACUCAAAAUUAUCGAUGUGUGUGAGAUUAUUGGCCGCCAAGUCCAAUUGGAAUGUUCCUGACCGGUGUUUGGAAUUCUUUGCAAAAAUGAUGUUGGACGCAACUCCUACGAAAGACAACCUUCCCACAAGUUUUUAUGAUGCAAAGAGGUUGGUGUCGAAAUUGGGUUUAGAGGUAAGAAAGAUUGACUGUUGCACUAAUGGUUGCAUGUUGUUUUACGAUAAUGAGUUUGGUACUAAUGAUGGAUCGUUGGAGGAAUGUAAGUUUUGUAAGAGUCCGAGAUACAAAGUUCGCAGUAAAGCCAUUAACCGUAAGCAAAAACAUGUGGCAGUGAAGUCCAUGUUUUAUCUGCCGAUCAUACCAAGGUUAAAAAGAAUGUUUGCUUCAAUGCAUAGUGCAAGUCAAAUGACAUGGCAUCAUACAAACCAAACAAGUUCGGGCACAAUGCGACAUCCAUCUGAUGGUGCGGCAUGGAAGCACUUCGAUAUGAUACAUCCUGAUUUUGCAGCAGAACCUAGAAAUGUCAGACUUGGACUAUGCUCUGAUGGUUUUACUCCAUAUAUCCAAGCGUCUGGAAGUGGAUAUUCUUGUUGGCCAGUUAUUGUUACCCCUUACAACCUCCCUCCUGAGAUGUGCAUGACAAAACCAUACAUGUUUUUGACUUGCCUCAUUCCAGGUCCAAAGAGUCCAAAAGCUGGAAUAGAUGUGUAUUUACAACCUUUAAUUGAUGAUUUGAAGAGGUUAUGGAUUGGAGAAUGGACUUAUGAUAUAUCUUGCAAACAAAACUUUACUAUUAUCAUAUAG